CUUAAAGUCAAGUUCGUGUUAACAACGGCAAAUAUACAGCAAACCAAAACAAAGGCCGUCAGAACUAAAUGGUGUGAAACGAAAAGAUGUCUGUAGCAUAUGUGUCGAGUUUGACAAUUUUGGCAGUACUGCUGCCAAUGGCACAAAAUUAUGAUACCAACAAAUACAAUACCAAAGCAAGUGUGCCAUUAUGGAAGCAAAGGGCUUGCGAAAAAGCCCAAAAGCAAAAAGCCAAUUCUCAUUAUAUAUGCGAUGAUAAGGGUGAUGUUAAAUGCCUUCCAGGAUGGCAAGGAGAUUUAUGCCAAGUUCCCAUGUGUCGCAAAGGCUGUGACCCCAUGAACGGCUAUUGUCAACGUCCUGGCGAAUGCCGUUGUCGCAUUGGCUACAGUGGGGAAUUAUGUGAAAGGUGCAUUCCUUUGCCAGGAUGUCAACAUGGUGAUUGCACCAAGCCAUUCGAAUGCAUUUGCCGUCGAGGCUGGGAUGGACUCUUCUGUACCGAACCCUCAUGUCGUGAGGGUUGCCAUAACACGCGUGGCUAUUGUGAGGCACCAGGUGAGUGUCGUUGUCGCAUUGGUUGGGCCGGCCGCAAUUGUAGUGAAUGUGCCGUAUUGCCCGGCUGCCAACAUGGAACAUGCAAUAAGCCCUUGGAGUGCAAUUGUAUGCCAGGCUAUACAGGACUAUUGUGCCAGUUGCCAAUUUGUAGUGCCGAUUGUCAUAAGCAGCAUGGGUAUUGCAAGAAGCCAGGUGAAUGUCGCUGUAAAGUAGGCUGGACCGGACCCAAAUGUGAUCAAUGCUUUCCCUAUCCAGGCUGUGUUCAUGGCGACUGCUCAAAACCCUGGGAGUGUAAUUGUAAGGCUGGCUGGGGUGGCAUACUCUGUGAUGAGCCUCUGAGUUAUUGCAAAGAAAAUCCCCUUAUCUGUGAAAAUGGUGGACGUUGUAUUUCUUUGACCAAAGAAGAUGGCAAUUAUCAUUGCGAGUGUCGUCAAGGUUAUUUGGGUAAAAACUGUGAAAUAGUCGAUGAGUUUAUGUUGACCUCAACGGCGGCACCCAGAAUAACACCACCACCACUGGUGGAUUGGGAUAAAGAGGAGAACGAAGAUAGUUCGGAGAAUUUGAUCAAUGGAACAGCCAUAGGCCAAACAAACAAUAAAACAAAUGUGAAUUCCCAAAACUCUAAAGACCAAAUGAUGAUAAGAGAAAAUUCCACCGACAUUGUGGAGCAGAAGGAGCAUAUGGAAGAAACUGCUAUAAAAAGAUUCAAUGAAACCUUGAAGGAAAAGGAAUUAGUCAAGUCAACGCUGGAAGUAACAACAAUGAAAAUCUUUUCCCCUAAGCCCCAUAAAAAAUUCGAACAUUUAGCCAAUAUAUCGGGAUCGGAUAUCAUAGGAACUGCCACCACAACUAUGGUCUUGGAAGAUGCAAAAGACAAAAACAAAAAGGAUUCCAUUAAAUCCACCAAAAAUCCCAUUAAAAUAAAAAGUUCCACACCAUUGAGUAUAACAACCUCGACAACGACUACCAUGUCUCCUUUGAAUCGUCUGGAAGAUGAACAACAUCAGCCCACUUUCAUGGCAAAACCCAAAGAAACACAGAGCCAUAAGACCAACAAGCAGGAAUUUUCAAACUCCAAUAAAGUUGAAGACAAGCAAGAAGAAGAGGAGGAGGAAGAGGAUGAUGAGGAAUGUACUGAGGAUGACAAUGAUGAUGAAUGUGAAUAUGUAGAUGAAGAUGAAGAGUAGGAAGAGAAUAAUAACCAAAUGGGAUUAAUUGAUUAGAAAUGGAAAUAGUCGGCAUCAAAUUAUAUA